AUGACUCGACAAAAAAAGUGUGCUCAAAAAGACAUGCAGGGCGAGGUGGAGGAGAGAGGACACUGGGGAAGUAAGGUGGAGUUUCUCCUGGCUGUUGCUGGGAAUGUCGUCGGCCUGGGCAAUGUGUGGAGGUUUCCUUACCUCUGCUACAAAAAUGGAGGAGGUGCAUUCUUGGUGCCAUAUCUGGUAUUUGUGGUGACCUGUGGCAUACCCCUGUUCCUGCUGGAGACGACCAUAGGCCAGUACACUCAGGAGGGCGGCAUCACCUGCUGGAGGAAGUUAUGCCCACUGGCAGAAGGUAUUGGCUAUGCAGGGCAGCUGAUCCUCCUCUACAGCUGUCCAACUUACCUUAUUAUUCUGUCCUGGGCGUUGCUCUACCUCGUGUUCUCCUUCAGCCCACAGCUCCCUUGGGCCAACUGCAACAACUACUGGAACACAGAUGACUGUGUAGACUUUUCAGCAAACAAUGCCAGCGUACCAUGGACCAACCUGACGAACUCGACCUCUGCAGCUACAGAAUUCUGGGAACGACGUGUGCUGGCUCUCUCAGGGGGCAUCGAGGACUUAGGCAGCAUCAGGUGGGAGGUGCUGUUGUGUCUAAUUACUAUCUGGAUCAUCUGCUACUUCUGUAUCUGGAAAGGUGUCAAGUCUACAGGCAAGGUGGUGUAUUUCACUGCCACCUUCCCCUAUGUGAUGCUGUUCAUUCUCUUGAUUCGCGGACUCACUCUUCCUGGUGCCCUACAAGGAGUGAAGUUUUAUCUUCUACCUGAAGUCUCACGGCUCUCAGAUCCUCAGGUGUGGAUGGAGGCUGGGACUCAAAUCUUCUUCUCCUACAGUGUUGGUGUGGGCUCUAUAAUUGUAUUAGGCAGCUACAACAAGUACAACAACAACUGCUACAGAGACUGUCUGUGGCUGUGUUUGCUGAACAGUGGGACCAGUUUCAUAGCUGGGUUUGCAGUUUUCUCGGUGCUUGGAUUCAUGGCUCAUGAGCAGGGUGUUCCUAUUGCAGAGGUGGCAGAGUCAGGUCCAGGCUUGGCGUUCAUUGCUUAUCCUCAGGCUGUAGCCAUGAUGCCUCUGCCUCAACUGUGGUCCAUCUGUUUCUUUGUCAUGCUCAUUCUCUUGGGUCUGGACACAGAAUUUAUCACCAUGGAGGUGGUCAUGACGUCCUUCACAGACUUGUUUCCUAAAGUUAUGCGCAGGACAGGCCGACGGGAGAAGUUACUCAUCCUCUUCUGCCUAAUCUGCUUUUUAUGUCAGCUUGUUAUGAUUACUCAAGGAGGGAUGUAUGUGUUCCAGAUGAUGGACUACUAUGCCUGUAACGGAGUAUGCAUCCUCUUUAUCGGUGUGUUUGAAACACUGGCACUGGGACGAUUAUUUGGGGCAGAUCGGUUGUAUGACAUCAUAAAGGACAUGACAGGGGUGAACGCCAACCCAUUUUUUAAAAUCUGCUGGCUCUACCUCACACCGAUAGUCUCACUGGGUGCUUUUAUAUAUUCUUUAGUUGAGUACCAACCUCUGACGUUUAAUCGGUGGUACGUGUACCCAGACUGGGCAUACAUGUUGGGAUGGGUGAUGACUCUCUCAUCCGUUGUGCUUGUGCCUGGAUAUGCACUGUUUAAGCUGAUCACUGGGACUGGGACCCUCAGACAGCGUUUUCAUCACCUGUGUCAACCUGGAGUGGAACAUUUACCGACCCAAAAGCAGGAGGGGGACAACAGUUUACUACCAGCUGAUAUGAAAGAACAGAACGAUCACCUGACUGUGUCCAACACCUUAGAUCUGGCACUGAGCGAGCUACAGACUGUAAAAUAACUUUCUCUGCUUUUGUAACAUUCCUUGAAAUCCAAAGUCUUGUCUAUCUAUUUUAAUAGCGUCACACUGAUUAUGGA